GCGGCUCCGGCUCGCAGGGACCCUACAGUGGCUGCUGCAGCAUGGGCUGGCUCAGGGGGAUUGCCUUGCUUUCCUUGGGAGUAUUAUUAGCAGGAAGAGUGAACUGCCAGCAUGUGAAGAAUAACGUGCCAAGACUCAAAUUAUCCUAUAAAGAAAUGUUGGAAUCCAAUAAUAUAGUCAAUUUCAAUGGACUAGCUAAUAGUUCCAGUUACCAUACUUUCCUCUUGGAUGAAGAACGAAGUCGGCUGUAUGUUGGAGCAAAAGACCACAUAUUUUCCUUCAACCUGGUUAACAUCAAGGAAUAUCAAAAGAUUACUUGGCCUGUAUCUCAUUCCCGAAGGGAUGAGUGCAAGUGGGCUGGAAAAGAUAUUCUGAGAGAAUGUGCUAAUUUCAUCAAGGUGCUUAAGACUUAUAACCAAACACACUUGUAUGCCUGUGGAACAGGGGCUUUUCAUCCCGUGUGCACUUAUAUUGAAGUUGGAAGCCAUCCUGAGGACAACAUUUUUAGGAUGGAAGAUUCACAUUUUGAAAAUGGCCGGGGGAAGAGCCCUUAUGAUCCUAAAUUGCUGACAGCUUCUCUUUUAGUAGAUAACCCAAGUGGUCAGACCCUGGAGGAAAAGAUUAUUUAUGGAGUAGAGAAUAGCAGCACUUUUCUUGAGUGCAGUCCAAAAUCUCAACGUGCCAUAGUCUACUGGCAAUUCCAGAAGCAAAAUGAUGACCACAAAGUUGAGAUAAAAGUGGAUGAUCGAAUGAUCCGGACAGAACAGGGCCUAUUGCUAAGAAGUCUUCAACGGAGAGACUCUGGUAUUUAUUUUUGUCAUGCUGUGGAGCAUGGCUUCAUGCAAACUUUGCUCAAAGUGACCCUGGAAGUAAUUGAUACUGACCAUUUGGAAGAGUUGCUCCAUAAGGAAGAAGAUGGUGAUGCCUCCAAGACGAAGGAUGCUACCAAUAGCAUGACUCCCAGUCAAAAGAUCUGGUAUAGAGACUUCAUGCAGUUAAUCAAUCACCCUAAUCUCAACACAAUGGAUGAGUUCUGUGAGCAGGUUUGGAAAAGAGACCGCAAGCAGCGCCGGCAAAGGCCUGCCAAUGCGCAGGUGAACACGAAUAAGUGGAAGCACCUACAGGAGAAUAAAAAAGGUAGGAACAGGAGGACCCAUGAAUUUGAGAGGGCACCACGGAGUGUCUGAGCUACAUUACCUCUAGGAACCUCAUCUAAGUAGAAACUUGUAUAGACAGAUAACUGGAAAAAAAAAUGCAAUAUACAUGAACUUUUUCAUGGCAUUAAGUGGAUGUUUACAAGAGUUGAAAGCUCAAACAAUUUCCACCAGGUUUAAAUAAAAUAUAUUUCUAACUUUCCUAGUAAGUCCUUCGUCUCCACUCUGAUUCUAAGAACAGAUGGACCAGAGUUUCAAGGAUGAACUCUCAGCCGGACAUAGCUUACUGCUCAAAAAGUUCUACAAGAGUUCAGCAGUCAGGUUUUGCUUUCUCUGUUGCCUGAGAUAUAAAUGAAAUGUUGUAUUUCAUGCUGACAUCUUAAAGAAAAACAAAACCCACUUUUCAUCAUCAGCACCACCAUUCCUAAACUAUGUAUAAAACUGCAUGAACUCAUCAAGCUGAUGAAUGUCUAAACACGUGAUUGGACACAAGGAUUUGUUCUUGUUUUGUCUACCAGUUCUCCUGUUUAUGAAUACUAGAAGAGGAAAAACAAUGCUGAAUGAGAUUGUGGAAAUCUGAACAACAUAAGCCAUUCAUCAUCUGGAAGAACAAAAAACUGUGGAGUACACUGGCCUACUACUGAUGACUUCUUUCAGCUUUGAUUUAAAGAUGUAUUUUAUUAAAACUAUAAUUUAAAUAUACCAUGAAAAAUAUGCAGCAAACAUUAGCUCUUUUCUAAAAUAGUUUAGCCUCUUUGUCUUAGAAAUAUUGUACUUCCUAAUUAUUACUAUAGGGGGGAAAAAAAAAAAAAAGACAACUUCCAAUUAUGAGCUACUUUACUCUUUUGUUUGGAAAACUUUUCAGGGGAACUGGUCACAAUGCAGUUAAUCUCCUCCCCACUAUUCUAGUAAUCUUUAUGACAUGUAACUUCAAAGCAAUUUAAAAACUAAGCUAUUUUAACAUGAAAGUCACUGUGUAGCAUGGAAGUCUUCUACAUUCUUUUCUACAAGUACGGUGUUUGAAUUGACUCAACUUGUAUAAUACCUUGCUGUAGACUGAACCAAUGAAGAGGAGAGCAUUGAUUUUCAGUUGUAUAUUUUUUUAAUUAAAUAAUUAAAAAAAAAGGUAAAUAGCAUUAAAAUACCCCUUACUAAUUACACACUUGCUUUUUUGGUUAGUAAAUAUUGUGAAUGCUAAUAUUUAAAUGAUGUGGCUAAUAGACUGUCAUAUAUCCUUGAACAAACUUUACAUUUAGUUUAAAGUGUAUGGUUCCCAAUUCAGUGGUAGAAAAUGUGUCCACACUACUGAUUCCCAGUGUUAGAUUCUUUCUGUGGGCCAGAUCACCCAAAGCAAAGAACUAGACCAAAUGCAUCCAAAUGCUCUAGGCCAUAACCUCAAAGCCAGCUCUCUGUUUUAAAAUCUAGGGGACUGUUUUAUCUGGGAGUGAUGUCUGCCGCAGUAGUAAAUUGGUGCAGUUCAGCUUAACACUAUUUUAUACUAACAGAUAAUUUGGUCCUGCACUUCUGUCUUAUUCUGUAUACAGGAGAGAAACAGAGUAAAACGGACAGUGCACUUGCACCAUAAGUUUAGGGAUACAAAUAGUGGAUUUAUUCACCUCAGCACAGAUGUGCCUUUGGUCUCCAGUUCUAUGUUGUCCAGUUCUUAUGAGGUCAUCUUCCUCCAGCCUCCUGUAUUUUAUCUUGAUAGAGUCAGUAAAUGGUAUAAUUUCAAGUAAUGUCAUUGUGGGGAAAGUUACUAGAACAAAAUCCAUAGUUUGCUAAAGUAGCUUUUAUAUAAAAGUGUGUCUGUAUUGAUGACUGAUAUGUUUUGCUGUUAUUCACUCUAGAUUAUUUAAUUUAUCAAUCACAACACUACUAGCCUUAUCAUAAACAGUAUAACACAACUGCUGUGAAAGCAGCUCUCACAAUAUGUCCCAGUCCCCUUGUCUCUCACUAUUUAAAGUAUCCUUCUGAUUAGUGAAAACUUAGCUUCUUGCUUUCAUAACAAUCUGGUUUUAAGUAAAGAUCUGAUCACUUCAGUCUCCUUUGAAAGUUUUUACCAUUUAAUUCUUUACGAAAAAAAAUCAUUGAAUUGAGCAAGACAGGACUGUGAGGCCAUGGAAAGUGUUUGGGAAUUUAGUUUAGAAGUAACUUUAAAUCUCUCCUACAUUUACUUUGACUCCAGUGAUAAUUUAUUUUCACUCCUGUGAACAAUAACAUGGUGUAUGGCUAUUGUGUACCACUGAGUCUUUAGAAUACUCGUUGUUACAAAAGGAAAGUUUUAAAAUUAGCCUCAAGAGAACUCAGUGGAAAAAUGCAGGUUGAUUUCAAGACUUAAUUCUUAAUGACAUUGUGAUCUAACUUUUUUUUCUGUACCGUACUCAUUUUUAUAGUAACUUACUGUCAAAAUAUCUAUCAAAUCCAUAUGAAUUUCUUCCACCAUUCCUUAAGAAAAAAAAAAAAUAAAUAAAAAAGCAGAUUAAGUUAAGCCUGGAUUCUUAGAUGUGUUUUUCUGUAUAGAAAAAAACAACAAGAAAAUGUCAUUAAUAGGAACAAAAUUGCAAAAGGUCUGAUGUUUUUACCAUGACCUGGCAAUUUAAUUGGAUAAUA